AUGGCGAACGAAAACUCUCCGCUGAAGCCUGAUCACGGGCAAGCUAGCCCUCCGAAUUCACUGCCCGGUAUUGCUGCUGCGUUCCUCGUGAAGUUCGACCACCGCAAAGGAUACGUUAUCGCAUGGCAUGAAGCUAUUGAAGGCGUCCAAGUGGAGGGUACUGUCGAGUUCAAAUCACUACCUUCCGGCCUCCACAAUGUCCGACAAGAUCUGGUAUACUUUGUCCAAGAUCGCUAUGCGGGCAUCAGCGCAUUCAUCAAUCACCCGGACGAGGACAAGGAGCGAAAUGCGAACAUGCUGGCUGUAGGUGUCCUGGUCCCUCUCGAACAUGGACGCGUUGGCAAGGGCUGGCUUCAUGCAGAGGAACUUGAGGCUUUGGCGAGGCAAAAUAAGCUUGAGGGUUCGAAGUCAGCACUUCAAACACCGCGACCUCCUGAAAUGUCAUCUGACAACCUCUCUCUUCCGAAACAUCGAGACGGUGCUAACGGUCAUGCGGAUGGUUACAAAAAUCUACGCGCCAUGAGCACGGGAUCGGACUUUCCUCAGGGCACUCACAGCCUUACACCUCACCAUCCGGCCACAAAGCUGAUGGACACGCUACAGCUUUUCGGUCCCCUCAUAUUUCUUCUCUAUCGAGCCGCCCUCCUACGGAAAAGGAUACUUUUCGUCACGGAAGCACCGGUCGAGCUGGCAUGUAAUAUAGUGUACAAUCUCUCUGUCGUUUCCUCUUUCCCACGCAGCCUUCUACCCUACAUCUCUGGACAGCAUUCCGCUGGUCGAGGCUCGAGACCACUCUUCAAUGUUGGCAUUAUGGACAUUCCAGCACUUUCGUCCGAAGACGGCUGGAUUGCAUGCACCACCGACGAUGUCUUGGCCAGCAAGCCAGAACUCUACGACGUCGUAGUGUUUCUACCAAACGAAGACGCUCAACAUGCAGCGAAAAAGCAGUAUCCCAAGAUACUGCUCUCGAGCCCAGAACUGAUGAAAAGCUUCCCUAAGCACGGUAUCAGGAGUACACAAAGAGAUGCUGUUCGAUAUCUAAGCCUAAUGCGUGGGUUGAAGCGGUAUCCACCAAGUGCCGUCGCGAAUCCGAAACCAGUUCAGAUCCCUAUGGCUCAAGAGGGUACAACAGACGAUACAGCGUCAAUACUUUCUACAUCAACGAUAGCAUCGCGGAAGGAAGUCGUGGAGUCGGCAUCUUGGAGCCAAGUUGCUUAUACCAGUUUGCUCUGGUGGGCAAGUGCUGGGGCAAGACGGGAUGGGCUCAGCGAAGAUGAUGAGGAUGAUCGAGACAGGGACGAGAUGCUCCUUAGCUCGGACGACGAGAAUGUUACCAAGGAAGUGGCGGUUGUGGGUUACUUCAGGCGUUUGACUGGUCUAGUUGUUUCUGUGCUCAGCCAGUUGACGCAAGACGAAGACGAUACUGCCGGAAGUGAGGAAGAGGAUGAAAAUACGAGCGAGAUAGGAACGGGCAGUGUCGUCGUGGAGGAUGAGGAGACGGGAGAAGAACAUCAGCAUCUGCUGCCCGAAGCAUCCCAACAGAGUCAGGAUGAUCAAACCGAGAUAACACCUGAGGACAUGAUGUCCAUGGCACUGGAUGUGUGGUCGGCUUCAGACCGGAAGUUCGUGGAGGAGUUCGCUCAGCUCUACUGGCAACGGCAGGCCAAAGUCAGAGGCGGUCGCGUCGAGUGUUGCGGAGUGCGGAUUCUGUAA